AAGAGCAGAGGUUGGGAUUAAAUGUUCCAGAAGUAUCGUGGUCAUAGAGGGACAUGUGGAUUCCAUGAUAGAAGCCUGCAGCCCUCUGUGCCUGUGUGAGCUGAUACUAGGCUCAUUUUGAGUUAAAGUAUCUCUCUCUUCUUGUCUUGUACAAGCCAUGUGGCUCUACCUGGUGGCACUAGUGGGCCUCUGGACUCUCCUGCGCUUGUUCAGGGAGAGGCAGGUGGUGAGCCAUCUCCAAGACAAGUAUGUCUUCAUCACGGGCUGUGACUCGGGCUUUGGGAACCUGCUGGCCAGACAGCUGGACAGGAGAGGCAUGAGGGUGCUGGCUGCAUGUCUGACAGAAACUGGAGCUGAAGAGCUGAGGAGCAAGACAUCAGACAGGCUGAAGACAGUGGUCCUUGAUGUCACCAAGACAGAGAGUAUUGUGGCAGCCACUCAGUGGGUGAAGGAGCACGUUGGGGACAGAGGACUCUGGGGCCUGGUCAACAAUGCUGGCAUCUCUGUCUUUGGUAUGAAUGAGUGGAUGAACAAACAGGACUUUGUAAAGGUUCUGGACGUGAACCUGUUGGGCAUGAUCGACGUGACUCUGAACAUGCUGCCCUUGGUGAGGAAGGCCAGGGGCCGUGUGGUCAACGUCUCCAGUGUCAUGGGCCGAGUGACUCUCUCUGGUGGUGGCUACUGCAUUUCCAAGUAUGGUGUAGAGGCCUUCUCGGACUCCCUCAGGAGGGAGCUCUCCUAUUUUGGGGUGAAGGUGGCUAUCAUUGAGCCUGGGGGCUUCAAGACCAAUAUUUCCAAUAGUGAGAGGGUAUCACACAUCAUGAAGAAGCUGUGGGACCAGAGCAGCUCGGAGGUCAAGGAGAUCUACGGGGAGAAAUUCCUGGACUCCUAUAUGAGAGCAUCAGAAUUAUUGAUGAACACAUGCUCAGAGGACCUGUCUGCGGUGACGGACUGCAUGGAGCAUGCGCUGACUUCCUGUCACCCUCGCACCCGGUACUCAGCCGGCUGGGAUGCCAAGCUCCUCUACCUCCCCAUGAGCUACCUGCCCACCUCUCUAUCAGAUGCCAUACACUACUGGGGCUCUAUAAAGCCUGCCCGGGCCCUAUGAAGUCUGUACUUGUUUGCAGAAUCGGGGAAGUAAGGUGGAUGGAGGGCACAUUGUUCACUAUACUUAUUAAAAUAAUUCUGCUUUCAUCCUACUCAAGAUCAGUGAAGUCCAGAGGAAACAGCCAAAGAAUUCACCAAGGGAAAGGGAUACAAAGGUGUUGGCAAUAUCCUGUUAUGUUAGGCAACUUGCCAAGGCUUUGAGCUCCACGGCCUGUUGUGAGGAUCCAUAAGAAUGUGCUUUACCUCCAUGCCCCUAUGCAUGGACCUGGCUAUUCACACUAUCAUGUAAGAUUGAAAGAACCCACUUUGAAAUCACCUUUGUCCAUGUUGUCAGAUGGGAGGGGCUGUGUCAGCUGUGCUGGGGAGGUUAUUGCUGGUGGUAUAGAAUCUAGCAAAGAUGGAAAAACCCAGUUUUGAUUUAUCUUGGAGCCAUGACUUUCUUUGGAUUCUUUUCUUUAUAAUAAAGUUGAAAAGAUUA